AUGUCACCGCCUACUGAUCUCCCCGAGAUGGAAUACCGCUUCUUGGGCCGCUCCGGUCUCCAAGUUUCUGCCAUCUCCCUCGGCGGCUGGCUGACAUACGGCGGUCAUGUCGACAGAGAAGGCACCUUCGCCUGCAUGAAAGCCGCCUACGACGUCGGUGUCAACUUCUUUGACUGUGCCGAGGUGUACGCGAAGGGUGAGUCCGAAAAGGUCAUGGGCGAGGCCAUCAAGAAGUUUGGCUGGCAAAGAAACGAUCUCGUCAUCUCUACCAAGAGAAAGAUCUAUUGGGGCUCAGCCUUCAGCACCAGACUAGUAAACAACAUUGGGCUCUCCCGAAAGCACAUCAUCGAAGGCAUGAACCAAUCCCUCGAACGCCUCCAACUCGACUACGUCGACUUGAUCUACGCCCACAGACCAGACAGAAACACCCCCAUGGAAGAAACAGUCCGAGCCUUCAACCACCUAAUCGACAUAGGCAAGGCCCUCUACUGGGGCACCAGCGAGUGGGACGCAGACGAAAUAGCCGAAGCACGCCACUACGCAGAUAAACUCAACCUCAUCGGUCCUUUAAUGGAACAGCCCCGGUACAACAUGCUCGAGCGCCUCCGCGUCGAAUCCACCCUCGCCCACCUCCUCCGCACUCCCCCAUCCCUAGGCCUGACCGUCUUCUCCCCUUUGCGGCAGGGGAUCCUCUCAGGAAAAUACAAAUCCGGCAUCCCGCCCGACUCCCGCUUCGCCCAAACCCAGCUCGAGUUCAUCUCCGGCUUCUGGAAGCGCACGGGCAAGGAAGAGUUUCAGGAAAUGGUUGACACGGUCUCCAAGCUCAAACCAAUCGCCGAGCGGUUGGGCGUGAAGCAGAGCGUGCUGGCGUUGGCGUGGGUGCUGGCGAACAAGCAUGUUAGUAGCGCCAUAACAGGAGCGAGUUCGCCGGAACAGGUGUAUGAGAAUGUGGAGGCGUUGAGGGUGUACAAGUUGCUGACGGAGGAGGUGAUGGGGGAGAUUGAUGAGAUUUUGGGGAACAAGCCGCCAGCGGUGGUGAUGAGGUUCUAG